GUAGUCCUCUAACCUGUGCCUGUGAGCCACCAAGAGUGAACGGAAACUAGAAGUAUUGCCACCAGCAACUGGAGCAGUGACCACACUGAAGUUCCUCUGGCGAGGGGGAAGGGGAGGAAGGAGAAAAACAAAGGCAAGUGAGCGAGCAAGCCGGCCUGCAUACUCUCAAGCACACAAGCAAGCGCACUCUCGUGGAGGCUCACAACACCCUCCCUGUGCCUGCCCAAGAUGUGUCAAUCAGAGAAGCAGCCAGGACCGGAGCUCCAAGCAGCAGCGAAAUGGUUGUACUUUCCCCAGCUGGCCCUACGGCGGAGGCUAGGCCAGCUGAGCUGCAUGUCCAGACCCGCUCUGAAACUGCGCUCCUGGCCGCUGACCAUCCUCCACUACCUCCUGCCUUUCCGUGCCCUCGGGCCCCUCAGCCAGGUGGGAUGGAGGCCCAUGAGCAGGGUGUCCCUGUAUAAAUCUGUGCCAACGCGUUUGCUAUCACGUGCCUGUGGUCGCCUCAACCAAGUAGAACUUCCUUACUGGCUCCGGAGGCCAGUCUACAGCCUGUAUAUCUGGACCUUUGGGGUGAACAUGACUGAGGCUGCAGUGGAGGACCUGCACCACUACCGAAACCUCAGCGAGUUCUUCCGGCGGAAGCUGAAGCCUCAGGCACGGCCCGUCUGUGGCUUGCACUGUGUGACCAGCCCAUCAGAUGGCAAGAUCCUCACCUUUGGGCAGGUGAAGAACUCCGAGGUGGAGCAGGUAAAGGGCGUAACCUACUCCUUGGAGUCCUUCCUGGGCCCUCGAGCCAGUACAGAGGACCUGCCCUUCCCUCCAGCUUCCUCCAGUGACUCCUUCAGAAACCAGCUGGUCACCCAGGAAGGGAAUGAGCUCUACCACUGUGUCAUCUACCUGGCCCCAGGAGACUAUCACUGCUUCCACUCCCCCACUGAUUGGACUGUCUCACAUCGGCGCCACUUCCCAGGCUCCCUGAUGUCAGUGAACCCUGGCAUGGCCCGAUGGAUCAAAGAGCUCUUUUGUCACAAUGAGCGUGUAGUCCUAACUGGAGACUGGAAACAUGGGUUCUUCUCGUUGACAGCAGUGGGAGCCACCAAUGUGGGCUCUAUCCGUAUCCACUUUGAUCGAGACCUGCACACAAACAGCCCCAGGUACAGCAAGGGCUCCUACAAUGACCUGAGCUUUGUAACACACGCCAACAAGGAGGGCAUCCCCAUGCGCAAGGGUGAGCCACUUGGCGAGUUCAACCUGGGCUCCACCAUUGUGCUCAUCUUUGAGGCACCCAAGGACUUCCACUUCAGCCUGAAGGCAGGGCAGAAGAUCCGCUUUGGGGAAGCACUGGGCUCCCUCUAGUCCUCUUGGUUGUGGCUGCCAAGGAUCUUUCCACACAGGAGCACGAGGGUCUUCAGCGGAGCCCCAGGCUGUCUGGGUGAGGGGCACUGUGGGGCUGACCUUAUAGGACCUGAAUGAUGUGUUCCUGCCUGUCCACAGGUGCAGAGGUUCUGGGUCUCUCAGGACCUAAGCCCCUUUUCAGAGUAUGGGUGGGUGUGAUUUGACCCCAAAGUCACUUUCAGGGGUGUUUUAAAAUUUUGUGCAAGCCAGAGCCUCCCGCCCUUAACUCCUGGCUGUGUACUACCACACCUCUAGAUGUGCCCCCACCCAUCACAGGGCCUUCCCUCACUGUGCACAGGGUGAGGGGCCUGCUGGGCACAGACUGUGGAUCCACUGUCUUCCUAGAGCAGGCCCCAUGGCCUUCAUAACUGCUUUCUGCUCCCAAAUUUCACCUGUCUGCUUGCAGGAAAAGUAAAGUCAUUUAUAUAUUGCUGAAUGCGCUGUCCUGGGCUCUGCCAGUGUCUUCUGAGGACAAUGACUAAUGAUGUAGACCUUUGUAGGCUCUAAGAAGCUGGCUGAAUCCUUUUGCUGGUAGGCAAGACCAAUUAAUUACUGGCUUGUCUGGUAGAGUCUGGGAGUGAAAGGGCAAGUGGAGGCCCUGCCCUGCAGAAGUAGGGGACAUGCUGCUAUUGGUCUAGGGACUGUGUUGGAGGCAGAGGGUAUGAAGGUCAGUACCUAGAAAACAGGUAUGCAGGCCAUGGGGAAUCCAGUGGUAGGGACAAGACCAGAGUUCAUGUCGAUCUCCGGAAUGCCAUGAAUUUCUCCUGCAGGAGAAAUCACUUAACUUUUCAACUGUAUCAGUAGUACAGUAUUUUGUAUGGAAAGCAGGAGACUUCUGAACAGUAAUUCAUUUAAUUGCAAGACAUUUUGAAAUUAAAAAAACAAAACAAAAACUACCGUAGCUUUGUAUUUUGUUGUUGAGGGUGUGGCUGGGUGUCCAAGGCCUUGUGACCUGUCCCCCAGGGAUGGUCCCACUAGCACAGAGCCUGUCUCAGGGCCCGAACACGAGCAAUGCAUGUACCAACGGGCCGUCGCUGAGCCUCGA